AGAACUUAAAAUCCAGUUUAUUGUAUUUCAGUACUAUGUCAUAAGUCAGAUAAUUUUCCACUUGUUCAACAAGAUGGAAAACUCAGAUUCCAACGAUAAAGGGAGUAGUGACCAGUCUGCAGCACAGCGCAGAAGUCAAAUGGAUCGAUUGGAUCGGGAAGAAGCUUUCUAUCAAUUUGUAAACAACCUGAGUGAAGAAGAUUAUAGGCUUAUGAGGGAUAACAAUUUGCUAGGCACCCCAGGUGAAAGUACCGAAGAAGAAUUGCUGCAAAGACUACAACAGAUUAAAGAGGGUCCGCCGCCACAAAACUCAGUGGAAAAUACAGGUGGAGACUCUUCCGAUGACGUAUCCAAUGGUGACUCUAUAAUAGACUGGCUUAACUCCGUCAGACAAACUGGAAACACGACAAGAAGUGGGCAGAGAGGAAACCAGUCCUGGAGAGCAGUGAGCAGGACUAAUCCCAACAGUGGUGAUUUCAGAUUCAGUUUAGAGAUCAAUGUGAACCGUCAUAAUGGGAGCCAGAGUCCAGAAAAUGAAAGUGAGCCAUCUGCAAGACACCCUAGUGGGGAAAGUAUGGAAAACAACAGCCAAAGGCAAGUGGAAAACCCACGAUCUGAAUCGCCAUCUGCAAGGCCGUCCAGAAUGGAACAGAAUGCAACUGCGGCGUUCAUCGGGGAGGUCCCCCCUGCUAGAGGUCAGAGAAGAAGAGCAAGAAGCAGAAGCCCAGAUCACCGCAGAACCAGAGCAAGAGCUGAGAGGAGCCGGUCCCCUCUGCACCCAAUGGGUGAAAGUCCACGGAGAUCGCAGCAUCGUAUCUCAUCUCAAGCUUUUGAACAUCCUUUAGGAAAUGAGACUGAAGGAAGUUCUAGAACACGGCACCACGUGACAUUGAGACAGCAAAUAUCUGGACCUGAGUUGCUGAGCAGGGGUCUUUUGGCAGCUUCUGGGACCCGAACGGCGUCUCAAGGAGCAGCAGCUUCGGACACAACUGGCAAUAGUGAAUCAGGAUCGGGACAAAGACCACCUACCAUUGUCCUAGAUCUUCAAGUAAGAAGAGUUCGUCCCGGGGAGUAUCGCCAGAGAGAUAGCAUAGCCAGCAGAACUCGAUCAAGGUCACAGACACCCAACAACACUGUCACUUACGAAAGUGAAAGAGGAGGGUUUAGGCGUACAUUUUCUCGUUCUGAACGAGCGGGUGUGAGAACCUAUGUCAGUACCAUCAGAAUUCCUAUUCGUAGAAUUUUAAAUACUGGGUUAAGUGAAACUACAUCUGUUGCCAUUCAAACCAUGUUAAGACAGAUAAUGACGGGUUUUGGUGAGCUAAGCUACUUUAUGUACAGUGAUAGUGAUUCAGAGCCUGGUGGCUCAGUCCCAAGUCGAAAUUUGGAAAGGGCGGAGUCGCAGGAUGGGAGAGGGGGAUCUGGUGGUAGUGGUAGUUCUGGUUCACGUUCCAAUUUAAGUCCUAGUUCCAGUUCUAGUGGCGAAAGUUCAGAAGCUAGUUCAGAGGUGUUUGAAGGGACAAACGAAGGAAGCUCGUCAUCAGGUGCCAGGCGAGAGGGGCGCCAUAGGGCCCCCGUAACAUUCGAUGAAAGUGGCUCUCUGCCCUUCCUUAGUCUGGCUCAGUUUUUCCUCUUAAAUGAGGAGGAUGAUGACCAACCUAGAGGACUCACCAAAGAGCAAAUUGACAACCUCGCAAUGCGAAGUUUUGGAGAAAACGAUGCAUUGAAAACGUGCAGUGUUUGCAUAACAGAAUAUACAGAAGGCAACAAGCUACGUAAACUACCUUGUUCCCAUGAGUACCACGUGCACUGCAUCGACCGCUGGCUGUCUGAGAAUUCCACCUGUCCUAUAUGUCGCAGAGCGGUCUUAACUUCUGGUAACAGAGAAAGUGUUGUGUAAUUAAGAUCCGAACCCUCAGCCAUAUAGCUGGUGCAGUAAUGGGCAAACAAAUCAUCUACUUUAUGUCCACUUUUUGAGUGGUGCCUAAAUAUAAAGGAGCAACCUGAAUUGAGUCAUUGCUUUCUGAAUGGAUUGUCUUCAAUUUCUGUUGCAAAAUAAAGAGAAAAAUUCGAAAAGCAACGUUUUAGGUCCUACAAUCUGACUUCAGUACCAAUAGAAUCAGUAGCAUCUCUAUUAACUGAUAAUUUAUUACAUAUGCUUGUUUACCCUGUGUUAUGUUGAACGAUCUGCCUUAGCAAUGGCUGUCUGUCUCAUGUUGAUCUUUAAAUUUCCCAUACCAUAGGAAAGAGGGGCGAAGGAAAGUCUCAGUUUAGACUAAGUUACAGUACAUGUUUCAUAAGUGAGUAAAGCUUUACCAUUUCCGGUUAUUAGUUUGUCACAAAUUCAACUACAUUUGUUCACCUUUCAGUCCAGGGGAUAUUGGACAUGUCAGUGUAAAUAACACUAAGUUAGGAUCUUCGAAGUGUCUGUCUGCUAAGCCCAUCACUUGUGGCAUACUGUAGAGUGAGCUUUUAGUUUGAGAUAUUUAUCUUGUGGAAAUAUUAAAAAGCCUAUACUUGUGUAAGUGAAAAAAAUCAAAUUCAUUUGUUUAAAACUGUAAAGCUAUUUUGUAGCGGCUCUACUUUUUUCCAAUGCGCUGUUGUAUUGAUGCAUUAAAAAUUGUAAAGUACCAUGCUUAGAAAUGAAAACAAAUGCUUUUUGUGAGCCUGCAUAGUAAAACACACCAAACAAAGUACGGUGCUGCUUUUGUAAGUGUGUAGAUGUCAAGAGCAGAACAUAUAAUACGUAAUGUAUGUGAACAGUUAACUGUGACAUGCAAAAGGAAAAAACUGCAGAAUUGAACUUCAUUGAAGACCAAGAGAAAUUAAUAUAUUUCAACGGAUUUGGGUAGGAAAUGAAAGCUUGGAAGAAUAAAGAAACCUGCUCUGAAAAAUUUAAACUUUCCCUAAAGACAGUAAUAAUGCAAAGGUGAAGUGGUUUCCUGGGGUACGAUGAGAAGUUGGACAUGGUGUUCAACUUGAAUGGGUGAAACAGAACAGCAGAUGUGGCAGAGGUUUGAUGUAAGGAAACCACUAUUAACCAGCACAAGUAAAUUGAUGGUCUUACCCCCUAUAAAGAAUUGGAGUACAAGGUGGAAGGAGAAUAGACAGUAAACCCCUCUUAGCAUAAGAAUUGACCUUGGUACAGAUGUGUGUGCUUAACAGGCAAGUCUCAAUUUUUUUUUUGAGGUUUGUAAUUUAAGGUACCCAUGCACACUUGUUAAUAAGACAUAGUUUAAGGCUCUACAAAGUGAAAAGGUCGACUUGAAUUCUUGGGUUACCUUAAAUAUAUAGAUGUAAAGAUUUUUUUCAAAGCUUGUUCUUUCUAUGGCUUUCAAUCCUACCUAAGUCGCAAGGAAACUAACUUGUAAACAUAGUAGUAGUUUACUAAGGAUAUGUACUGCUCUUGCAAAGAAGUAUGUUCAAAAAAGCUUUACUUAAUUUUUUUUUUUAAUGUAAGCAGAUUUCACGUUUAUGGCGCUUAUGUAACACAUUUUCUCCUUAAAAAAAAUGUCCACGUAAAAGUCAGAAUUCUUUUGUGUUUGUGAGCCUCUUUGUCUCCUUUCCUAAGGGUGUAAUCUACAGUUUUCAGAUCGGCAGGGUAGUCCUGAUAGGCUAAAAACAAAUCCAUUUUCCUCUUGAUAAAAGAUGUUCCAGUAAUACAGAGGUAUUCAUUUUAAAUAGCUUAUAAACAACUACAGCACAUUCUAAGCAUAAAAGAAAGUUGACAACAGUUACCUCCCUAACCUCCCAAGUUGUAUUAACCAUUUGUCAAGUAUUAAAAUAAUAAGAGGUAAAUCGUGCAGAAUGUUGGUUAUGAAUGUACAUAUCGAAGCUGUUCAUAAACACUGGAAAUAGAAUUUUAAGUCUGUAGCUUUCAGUAGAAUGCACAUAUUUGACAAGUGCACGUGGACACCCUUUUCAAUAGCACUCAUUAAUUUUCAUUGGAUUGUAUAGAACAAAGAGAUAUUUUAGUGGAAUUUGCUACUUAAUUUUUGAUUUUGAAAAGUCCAUGGCUAAUAUAUACUUCCAGGGGUUGUGGACAUUGAAGACAAGGCCAUUUCUAGCUGUGAGAUGUAUAAUGGAGAACAGAAAUCUUUUUUUCCCCAGCAUCCAACACACAGCAUCUUGAGGGGGCAUAUUUUUGCAAAAGACUACAUUUCAUUUUGUACCUUUGCACUUUUUCUAUUAUAGAAAGGUUCUGAUCUUUAAGAAAUAGUUUGAACUUCAUGCAGUAACAACAGUAAGAAAAAAUAAUGCUAGGGCAGAUUACACUUUGAAAGCGUAGGGAAAAGUACUGAAAGCAAAAUUCCCUGAAUAUUUAGAUAUUUUUAGAAAUUCACUCACUAGUCUGAAAUGUUUGAAGUGUUUUGUCUUAACGCCGAACAGCUGACAAGAUUUGUUUGUUCGUGCUAGAAACAAAAUUGAACAAGUUAGGUUCAGAGUCUGCUUUUAUCUGUAGCAACACAAGAAAACAAGCUAUGUUGUUAAUUUGGAAUAUUCAGUCUAAAAAAGAAGACAUAAGUUUAAACCUCAUUGAUGUUAUUGGAGGUGGGGUUUGAAAAUGUGUUCAUAUUAGCAUUGGAGUGGAAGGUAAUUGUACAGUUAAACAUUUUGCGCACGCGCAUGCGUGCGUGUGUGUGUGUGUGUAUAAAGAUACAUGCAUACAAAUGCACAUAUAUUUCUUUUUGUACAUUAUUAGAAUUCAACCAAACAUUAAGAUUAGGGAAUUUGUCCAUUAUUAGUGUUACCGACAAAUAAUGGUUGAUUUUUAUCCUCCCAUGGGAAAACAUGUUCUUUCCAUGCCAACUAUUUUCCUAGUCUCAAAUUAUAUGUAUGAUGAGUUAUUACUUAAUAUGCUUUGUAUUUAACGAUCUUCCCAAAUGCCCAUGACAUGAAGUGGGUUGAGCAAUAACCAUGACUUCUGGUCAUUUCCCCAAAUACCCAUAUGAUAGGGAGGUGAACGUUGAUAACUGCCUCUUAAAAGGCCAUUUUGAACAACUUGCUAGGUGGUUGAUUCUUUUAAAGAUAAGAGCAUUGCACCACCACCCCCACCCCCGGUUCUUUUGUGAACAAAAAGUAAUUUUUCUGAAGUUUUAUCUUGCUGGCUUCCCUUCCAAAUGUACUACAAAUAGUAAGUGCAUAGAAGCCACGUGUGCAGGGCACUUUUAUUCUUGUCUUAUAAGACUAUGCUGAUGGCUACUUUUGGAAGAAAUCUGUACCUUAGUAAUGAACGGUUGAUAAGGCAAACAUUAAAUGGCCAGGCUUUUUUUAAAGUAUAGUAUAAUUCUUCAAUAGGUUUAAUAUUCCAUUAUAGUGUUGUAAUUCAUCGAGUAACUAGGAAGUUACCUGUUGGGGGGAAUUUGUAUGGAAAGUAUCUCAAGCAAGCCUUUCACUGGGAAAGUUGCAGUGCAGUGCCAGAGGGUCUCCUGUCUCACUCCUUUUAAUUCGCAACAGAAAACUGGUUUGGGUGCCUGCUCUUUCACAAUUCUUCGUACUUGGUUCCAAAAAAAUUCUUGGUACUAACUGGAAUGUUUCUAAAAUGCCAUCUAAUCUUCUCCAAAAGUAACUGAUCUCACUUUAUUUAACCCCAUUUUGGAUCUAAACAUCAUCUACAGCGUGGAGCAAUUAUUGAGGUGUUAGAACUCUCAAAGGAUGCUAGGAUAAUUUAUAUCACUUUUCUGAUUCAUUUCACACAUAGGUGUUCUGACUAAAUGUAGAAAAAGAGGCAUACCUUCCAACACCCUAAAUACUACCAUGAAACGUGGCUUUGAUUAGGAUUUGUUCUAGAGUCACUUAGGGCUAAGUAAGGGAUACCUUGAGUGCACACUGCAAACAUGAGCUCCUAGUUGUUUCAAGGUUCCUCUUAGCAGUUUUUUUUAUCUUGCCUAUUAUUUUUAAAUACCAAGGCUGACCCAACUCCCCGGCCUUAACUAUCUAAUGUCCUUUUAAUAGCAUUCUUUUCACUGAUGGAUUUGUAUAUGUUUUAACUGUCCAAUGUUUGGAUUUUACCUCUUGAUAGCUUCAUUUGUCCCUGGUGCUGCUCUUAAAGAUGUAGGGCCAUGUGAUCAGGUAUCAAGUUGAGUAGGCACGAGGUUGGCCUGGUUAUAUGUCUGUACCUGUAUUCUCUUCUCCCGUGAAGAGCUACUUUGGUAUAACUGUUUACUUGCAUUCAUAUAAAUAGCUAGGCAGCAGUCAUCAAAUCUUUCUGAAGCCUCCUAAGAACCUGAAGUGAUCUGAAGGGAGAACAGUAAUAAAGGCUGCUUUUAUGCCUUUGAACAUGAAGCAAAUAAAUGUAUGUACUAUAAAGACUAACGUUGAUUGUUAUACCAGGGCUUCCUGACCUCUGGGAGAGACUUUCAAAACUGCAGAGGGGAGCACAAAGUGAAGUGAAUUUGGUUGGCUGGCUUGACCUGGUUUCUCAGUUGCUUUCGAUUUGAACCUGGACAUGACUUCCUUCUCCAGCAGACUCAGACUCCUGGUUGGGAAGCCCUGAAUUAAAAUUUGAGAAUGUACCCAGUUUGGUUUUUUUUUUUGUACAGUGCUUUACACCUGCUAAUAUAAUUUGUUUAAUGCAAAACAGGACCUUGAAAGGUCAGUCAUAUUAAAGCUGGCUUGAUUAUUACUAAUAGUUAUCAUUUAGGAAGAAUCUUUUUCCCUAUGUAAGAUGUCAUACUGCAGAUUUAAAAUAUAGACUAUCAAUAAAAUGCAUGAAGUGAUCA